AUGUCAGAAUACGGAUUUGUCAAAAUUGAAAGGGAUGUUGCUAAAGCCGUUCCAAACCCAAAAUCGCCUACACCACAAUUGAACACCGACUUGCCAAACUCUCCAGUGUCGCAAUAUGUGCUCAAGUACGCCAAGGAGAAGUUGCCAGCCAAAGUACUCAACCACUCAUUGAGGGUAUAUUUGUACUCGCGUGCUAUUAUCAAGGACCAAUUCUCCAAUUGGAACCUCGAUGACGAGGUAGUGUUUGUGACCAGUUUAUUGCAUGACAUUGGAACCACCGACGAAAAUAUGAAGGCAACAAAGAUGUCUUUUGAGUUUUACGGCGGUUUGAUAUCGCGUGACAUGGUAUUAGAGCAGACCAAGAACCAAGACUACGCAGAGGCUGUCAGUGAAGCCAUCAUCAGACACCAGGACUUGGGAGAAAGCGGAUACAUCACCACUUUGGGUCUUAUCUUGCAAAUCGCCACUACUUUGGACAACAUCGGAGCAAACACCAAGUUGAUCCAUCCUGACACUUUGGAUGCGGUUAACAAAAGCUAUGGCCGUGAAGGAUGGGCCUCGUGUUUCGGUGGUGCCAUUGACAACGAAAACAAGUUGAAGCCAUGGGGACACACCAGUGCUUUGGGCGUCAACGAGUUUAGAGACAGCGUUUUGAACAACAAAGUAAAGGUGAUGCGCGAUCAAGAAGGAGAGUCACAAGAAAAUCCAGCAAUAUUAAAGGCAUCCGAUUUGGCAGAGGAUAUUCAAUUGAAAAUAUUCGAGCUAGCCAAUCAAGCAAUUCAGUCUUACAAGAUCGAAAAGGAUAUUGCUGCAUUUUUAAAGAAAGAGCUAGAUCAAGUGUAUGGUCCUACCUGGCAUGUUAUAGUGGGGAAAAGUUUUGGUAGCUACGUCACACACGAACAGGGUUACUUCAUAUACUUUUACAUUGGAGAGUUGGCAUUCUUAAUAUUUAAGAGUGGUUAG